GCACACAGCACACACGCGCAGGUGCUGGAAAUAUCGCGACACGUCGCAGUCUCUCUCACUACGUAAUGUGCCGUGCUGCUUAUGGCGGCGCUGGUGACAGUGCUGAAAGCUGUUGGGUAUGAAGUGAAACAGAACUGAUUUUUGUACCAUCUGAAACUGCUACUUCAAGUUCAGAUCACACCGAAGUAACAAUUCAAAGAAUAAGAAAAAUCAACCCCCAAAGCGACAGAAAUCAACCGGUGCAACGAAACGCUGAAGACCAAGGAUACGACUUUCACUUCAUCCGAAACAACAGGAAGAAAAAAAGAAAACAAAGCAAAAAAAAUAACAACCAGACGAAGUAACCAAAGAUCUAUCACACAAGUUCAGUAGAAACAAGAAGUUCACGAAGAAAAUCAAGACGAAAACUAUCACAACGAAUCCCAAGCCACAGACGACGACCAACAACCGAAGCGGAACGCGAAAACAAUACUUGAUCUGAGACAAGAAGUUUGUGCCUACUCAACAGCUUUGACAAAGCACACGUCCCAACGCUGCUCCAAGCCCUUCUCAUCCUCACCGCACCUCUGUCUUAGCCAGAGUGCGGAGAGGGCUGCUGUCUGCUCGUUUUAUCUAUCAGUUACCUCCUACUGUCCCUUCCUCAUCUUUCUUUUUUCUCUCUCUCUCUCUCUCUCUUUCUUUCUCUCUAUCCAUCUCCCUCUUCUGUAGAUCUGUCUAUUUUUCUGUGGGAAGCAUAGCUGCUUACCUUACACUUGGCCUUUACACAAAUACUUCCCCCCUCCUUUUUUAAACAUUUCAACUUAGAUUUUUCUUCCCCGUCUUUUUUGUUUUUCUUUGUUUUUGUUUGUUUUUUGUGUUUUUGUUUUUUUGCAACCCACAUUUUGAACACGUGCCAGAAAACUUGACAUAAGCGAGUGUGUGUGCACGCGUGUGUGUUUGUGAGCAGAACAUCUGCAAUAGCAGUGCCACGGUUGGGGUCCAAGACAAGACAACAAAGACCUCUAAACAAGUGCCAUCCGGAACCCUCUCCAGUCGUGAAGAUGGAGCGUGGUACAUCAGAGCCUCCUAAGGCCCGUUCCAUCUCUGCCCAUGCCCGUUCCUCCUCCCAUGCCCGUUCCACCUCCUCCCAUGCCCGUUCCACCUCCUCCCAUACCCCUGCUGCCCACUCCGCCGCCGCCUCCUCCUCCUCUUCUACCCCGGCGGCAUCCUCCUCCGUUGUCCCCAUGCACAUCCCCCGCUCUGCCUCCAUGUCCUGCCACACCCCCCGCGCGGCCGGGGGCAAGAGGCGGCGAGGGGCCUCAGCAAUCCCACGAUCAAUGAGCUUUGACCCGAGCCUGCUGCAUAACAAUGGCCACACUGCCUUUGCCAACGGCACUGGGGUGGGCAUCCGGGAGACGGGCAUGGUGGAGAAGCUGCUGACCUCCUACGGCUUCAUCCAGUGCUCCGAGCGCCAGGCACGCCUCUUCUUCCACUGCUCCCAGUACAACGGCAACCUGCAGGACCUCAAGAUUGGAGAUGAUGUGGAGUUUGAGGUGUCGCUGGACAAGCGCACUGGCAAGCCCAUCGCGGUCAAGCUGGUAAAGAUCAAGCCUGAGGUGCUGCCCGAGGAGCGUAUCUCUGGGCAGGUGGGGCCUGACAUGCACGCCUCUCCCAUUACUAAGCUGCAUGGUUUUAUUCAUCCAGUUGUGUCGGCCAUCCCCACUCAUCUGGAUGGGAAGUCGGCCCCAGGCCAGGUGCCCACUGGAAGCGUGUGCUAUGAGAGGAAUGGGGAGGUUUUCUAUCUGACCUAUACUCCCGAGGAUGUGGAGAGAAACAUGCACCUGGACACUGGAGACCGAGUUAGCUUUUACAUGGACACCAACAAACACUCUCCUCUCCACCCUGACCACAGCACUGGGGCUGUCAGCGCCCGGAACAUUGUGCUGGUCAAGAAGAAGCAGAUGAGAUGCCAAGGAGUCGUGUGUGCUACUAAGGAGGCGUUUGGUUUCAUCGAGCGUGGAGAUGUGGUGAAGGAGAUCUUCUUCCACUAUAGCGAGUUCAAGGGAGACCUGGAAGCACUGCAGGCUGGGGACGAUGUGGAGUUCUCCAUCAAAGAAAGAAACGGGAAGGAAGUGGCCACAGACGUGAGGCUGCUGCCCCAGGGAACGGUUAUCUUUGAGGACAUCAGCAUUGAGCACUUUGAGGGAACCGUGGCCAAGGUUAUACCCAAGGUCCCCUCCAAAAAUCAGAAUGACCCCUUGCCCGGGCGUAUUGGUGCCAGGAUCAACUUCAGCGAUAAGGAGCUUCCCUUCGGGGAGAAGGACACCAAGUCCAAGGUGACCCUGCUGGACGGCGACCACGUGCGCUUCAACAUCUCAGUGGACCGCAGGGACAAGCUGGAGAGGGCCACCAACAUCGAGAUCCUCCCCGACACCUUCCAGUUCACCAAGGAGGCUAGAGAGAUGGGUGUGAUUGCGGCGAUGCGUGACGGCUUUGGCUUCAUCAAGUGUGUGGACCGGGAUGCGCGCAUGUUCUUCCACUUCAGCGAGGUGCUGGAGGAGAGCCCGCUGCACAUCUCUGACGAAGUGGAGUUCACCGUGGUUCCCGUGAGUCGGCUCGAACGUAGCCUUGCCAAGGACAUGCUGUCAGCCCAGCGGAACCACGCCGUGCGCAUCAAGAAGCUGCCCAAGGGCACUGUGUCCUUCCAUGUCCAGUCGGAGCAGCGCUUCAUUGGCCAGGUGGACAAGGAGGCCACGCCCGCCUCGGCUGCUGCCAAUAAGAACGUCAGCCCCAGCAAGGGCAAAGAGAAGGGUAAAAUAGAGAAGGAUGCAGAAGAAGGUAUAAUUUCCUAUGAAGACUGUGGUGUGAAGCUGACUGUAACGUAUCAUAUCAAAGACCUGGAGGGAGCAGCUCUCCCUCAGCAAGGAGACAAGGUGGAGUUUAGUAUUAGUGAAGUGAAGCGCACUGGUCUGCAGAGUGCUGUGACCAUCAAGGUCCUGAACGCCAAGGGCAACUCCAAGAGACUGCUCGGCUUCGUGGCCACACUCAAGGACAACUUUGGCUUCAUCGAGACGGCCAACCAUGACCAGGAGAUCUUCUUCCAUUACAGUGAGAUGUGUGGAGAUGUGGAUAGUCUGGAACUGGGUGACACGGUGGAAUACACCCUGUCCAAGGGGAAGGGCAACAAAGUCAGCGCUGAGAAGGUCACCAAAGUGGCUCCUGUGAAUGGCAUAGGGGAGGAUGUUGGUGCUACAGUGUUACUGGGGAAGGUGACUCGGCCCUUGAGGAGUGUGGAUCCAUCUCAGACUGAGUACCAGGGCCUUAUUGAGGUCACAGAGGAAGCUGCCCCCAUUACAAUGACAAGGAUCUCGGAAAAGGCUGAAGAAGAAGAAGAAAAAAAACCAUCAGGUGGCUCUAAGGGCCAGAGCUACCCCUUUGGCAUCGUCAGCAUGGCCAGCAAGGCCGACUGUCUGCAGAAAGGGGAGCUGGUCAAGUUCCAGCUGUGCACUGUGCUCCAGACGGACCAGAAGAUGGCUUGCCAUGUCGUUCCCCAGCGCAGGGCUCUGGUGGAGAGCGUCAAGGAUCAGUUUGGUUUCAUCACGUACGAGGUGGGCGAGAGCAAGAAGCUGUUCUUCCACGUGAAGGAGGUGCAGGACGGCCUGGAGCUGCAGACGGGAGACGAGGUGGAGUUCUCUGUCAUCCUCAACCAGCGCACCGGCAAGUGCAGUGCCUGCAAUGUGCGCAGAGUCAGCGAGGGUCCUAAGCCGGUGGCCACUCCCCGCCCUGAGCGCCUGGUGAACCGUCUGAAGAGCAUCACCCUGGAUGACGCCAGCGCCCCACGUCUCGUCAUCGUCAGACAACCCCGUGGACCCGACAACUCAAAGGGCUUCAGCAUUGAGAGGAAGGCCCGUCAGCCUGGAGUCAUUGACUGAGGACUGUUCACCUCUCCUCACCCCCCCAAAUCCCCUACCCGUAAACCCUCUUUCCCCUCCAGUUCACCCCUUCCCACCAAUAGUGUAGGAGAGGAGCAAUUCAGGCUACGGGCAGGAUAUGGGUUGGCAGUCAUUUAUAGAAUAUAGUGUCUGUACGUUACCCCUCUCUCCCCUUCUUACACCAAUGCACAUGCCUACAUACUCAUGCCAACACACCCAUGCACGCAAAAAGUUCCCUUUCGCCACAGACACACACACACACACACACACACACACACACACUCUGACACUACAGAUGUUUUGACAUAUUAUUGGCAUGCAUAACACCUCUUCCUGUCCUGUCAUUGCAGCCCAAGCUCUCUCAUUGUAUGCCCCUCUCUCCCCGCUCCCCUUUCUCCUUCCCGCUCCUUCCCUUUGCCACUCCUGGCAUAAGUGUGGUCUACUAGCAAACUGCAGAGCUUAUUACUGUGCUCUAAUGGGGGUGUUCAGUUGUGUGUGGGUGCGUGCGCGCAUGUGUGGGUGUGUCUGUCUGUCUGUGUAAGAGUGUGCGCAAAAGUGUGUGUGUGUGCGUGAGUGCGUUCAAAAAUGUCUGUGUGUGUGUGUUUCUGUGUCGUCUGUCUGUCUACGCGCAAAGUGCGUGUGUGUGUGUGCGUUUUGAAUUCUGGGUGUGAUGUUUUAGAAAUGUCAGUGAGAGAGGGGGGCUGUGUAAACAUGGAUGGGUGGGUAGACCCAUCUCAUGAGAAACAAACAAAAAAUAAGAUUGGAUGAAAGAACGAAUGAGUGAGUGAGCGUGAGAUUGAGCGAAAGGAAAAAAAAGCAAAGUGUUCUGCAUGGGGUUGUGCUCCCUCUGUGAUUUCUGGAUGAUCUUGGUCCCCUCUGGUGAUGUGUUCUUCUCAACAUAAUCUCAUCUUUUGAUUCCAUGUGUGGAAAUCUGCACCUGCUCUAAAAAAAAAAAGCCUGUCAGUUUUAUGUGCGUUUGUGGGCGCACGUUGCUUGUGUGUGUGUGUGUGCGUGUGUGUGUGCGUGCGUGCAUUUGAUAAAACCAUAGAAUCAUCUCUCUCCAUCUUUUUUUCUCCUUUUCUUUGUCUCUUUAUUUUCCUUUUUUUCUAUACAUUUCUCCCCCCCCCCACCUCUUUUUUUCACCUGUAACUAACCUUCCCCAUGUUUGGGUGUUGUUCAUAGAUCAAUCAAAGCAAACUGAUUGUGUGUGAGAUUCUAUGCAUAGGAAGCCUCCUUCUCCCUGCUCGGUUUUUAGAGCAGUUUUUAACACACCCCCUCCUUUUUGAUCCUCGCGAACUUUGACCCCGGACCUAGAAACACUGUGUCAUGAGGUCAAUGCUCAUGUUUUGUUGUUUUGUAAACAAUGUGAAUGAUUUGUUUUUGAUUUAUUAUUUUAUUAUGUUUCUUUUUCUUCUCUCCACCGCUCUUAUUUCCAUUUUAAGUUUGGUUUGAGUUUCUUUCUCUCUUUUUUUUCUUUUUUUUUUUCUUUCCUGGUUGGAUUUUUCCGGAAUCUGUUUUUGAUGCCUUUAGGUAUUCCCAGGCUUCCCGGUUCCACACCUUCCUUUCCCAGGUGCAGAAUUCCAAAUGGCAUCAGUUACUCAUCACUACUUUUAUACAGUGUACUGUUUUUUUUUUCUUUGCACAUCUUUUGCUUUCUCUGUUCUAUUUAAACUCAAAUGUCUGCUUAUGAAAAGAAAAAAAACUACAGUAAGAUUAAGGUGCCUAAAAUAAAUGAAACAAAAAAAUUAGAUAUCCUCAAACCCCAGCCAACCGCCAAAAAAAGAAAAAACCUAGGACAAAAAAAAUCAAUCAUAGGAUGGCUUCUGUUUCCAGUAGAAAUAAUACAAGUAUGCACUCUGGUUGGUUUAAAAAAAACUAUACUGUAUGUAAUGUGUGCUUUCGCUUAGUGGGAGAUUAAAAACAUCAAAAUAUGACUAAGAUGAGUGAGGAAAAAAUGGAAAGGAAUGGGUGACUGAAGAUCAUAUAGCAAAUACACAAAAAUCCUAAGGGUUUCGAUUAGUGUGGUGUUAGAGCCAGCGGUGGGGCUUUGCUGUGCUUCAGAAGACACGUGGGGCUGUCCGACUGUCAAGUUGAAUUUAAGCUGGAGAAUGUUGAGCUCCAGCUUAACUGCAUAUGGGGUUUCUCCCUAUAUACUUUUGUUAAUGGUCUUGAAUGAAAAACAAAAUUGAAAUAAACGUUUUAUGAAAAUGAA